GGGCCCACGGACAUCGAGAGUGUACAGGGCCCAGAAUUUGCUGCUACGACCCUGUUUCCAAUGCUGAACAUUUUAAAAUAAUGGAAAACCCCUGAAUUUAAGGUGUGUCCUAACUUUUGGGUGGGAUGUCUGCCAAUACAAGAGCUUAAAGCACAGCACAGCACAGGAAGCACAGUGUGUGUUGUACUUCCAGCUUAGGUAACCUUCACAAUUGCCACUUCCACUACUGGCAGUAUUGUUUUUAUGCCCUGUGGCGAAGGACUAUUGGUCACAGACAGACGGAUAGACAAACAGGCAGACAGAGAGACAGAGUUUCUAGAACUCGUUUCUAGAACAGACAUGUCUGAGAACAUUUACAGCAAUGAGAUGAGCAUCGAGGAGCUGAACAGAGGAGAUAAAGUGGAGAGGGUGGUGGAGAUCUACGAGAGCACAGACACUAUUAGAUACCAUGACCACAACACAGAGGUGAAGGGUGGCGAACCAGAGGAAACCAAACUAAGAAGGAAGCAGCAAACAGAACAGGGAGGAGAUACCCAUUUAGUAGAGAACAGACGCUACAGACUGGCUGCAGUGGGUCUUGGUUUGGUUCUGCUGUGUGUUCUCCUGCUAACGGCCAUCAUACUGCUGUGCAUUAAGCUCAACAACCUGACUGGAGAGAGAAACCAGUUACAGACCAGUUACACCAACCUGACUGCAGAGAGAGACCAGUUACAGACCAGUUACACCAACCUGACUGCAGAGAGAGACCAGUUACAGACCAGUAACACCAACCUGACUGCAGAAAGAGACCAGUUACAGACCAGUAACACCAACCUGACUGCAGAAAGAGACCAGUUACAGACCAGUAACACCAACCUGACUGCAGAAAGAGACCAGUUACAGACCAGUAACACCAACCUGACUGCAGAGAGAGACCAAUACAAGAAGCAGCUUUCAGAAACUGUUCACCUCAGCCAGCAGGGAUGGAGGAUCUUCAACACUAGUCUUUACUACGUCUCUACUGAGAAGAAGAGCUGGACUGAGAGCAGAAACGACUGCAGAGAGAGAGGAUCAGACCUGCUGAUCAUCAACAGCAGAGAAGGUUCUGGAGACCUGGAGAACCCAACAGUUAUGGAGAUGAGGACUGUGCUAUAA